CCAUGUCGGCGCGUGGGACAGGGCUGGGCUGUGCUUGUGUGCCUCCCUCCUGCGAGGCUGGACCCUGUGUGGUCCUGUCCGCACUGAGUUGCGUGCCUGUGUGCUUGUGUCCUUUAGAGGUGCGUUUGCAAAUCGCUGGGGGCGGGAGUGGGGGUGGCGAGCGAGAGACCGAGGCGCUAGUGGGGGCGUCGGCGUGAGGGCGGGGAGCGGGGUUUCACAUUUUAUUCCAAAUUAUGAUGUAUUCGGGAGACAGUGUGGGCUUGGAAGGGCGGACAGACCCUCGCUGGCCGUCGCUGUGUCCGGCGCCGGGCUGUGCCUCGGCCUUUGAAGGGUGCGCUGGAGAGCAGAGGCGCUGCAGAGCUCGCGGGUGAGCAGAGCCCGCGGAGCCCCGCGCCUGCCAGCCCGGAGCCGGGGUCUGCAGUGCGCGCCGCACUUCGGCUUCGCCCAUUUCUGGUCAGUUUCGCCGGCGCGGCCGCGGUGGGCUGUGGGAGAGGCCGGACCGCCUAGGACCACACCGCAGCCUAACUGCUGGCCUCUCUGCUAGAGAGGCUCUGAAAGCAGAGACCCGGCGCACAGCCUGGACCCCUCCCGGUCGGAAGAGUGCAGGUCCUAUUCCUAGGGGCCAGUCUCUCUAAAUAUGCCCGAGGAUGACCGAGCGGCCGCCCAGCGAGGCGGCACGCAGUGACCCCCCGCUAGAGGGACGGGACGCGGCCGAGGCCCGCAUGGCCCCCCCGCAUCUGGUCCUGCUGAACGGCGUCGCCAAGGAGACGAGCCGCGCGGCCCCGGCAGAGCCCCCGGUCAUCGAGCUGGGCGGGCCGGGGGGCGGCCCCGCCGGUGGGGGCGGCGCCGCCAGGGACUUAAAGGGCCGAGACGAGGCUGCGGCCGAAGCGCGCCAUCGAGUGCCCACCACCGAGCUGUGCAGACCUCCCGGGCCCGCCCCGGCUCCCGCUCCUGCCUCGACUCAGGCCGAGCUGCCUGGCGACGGCCGCAUGGUGCAGCUGAGCCCGCCCGUGCUGGCGGCCCCCGCCGGCCCCGGCCGCGCGCUGCUCUACAGCCUCAGCCAGCCGCUGGCCUCUCUGGGAAGCGGGUUCUUUGGGGAGCCUGAUGCCUUCCCUAUGUUCACCACAAACAACCGAGUGAAGAGGAGACCCUCUCCCUAUGAGAUGGAGAUUACAGAUGGUCCCCACACCAAAGUUGUGCGGCGGAUCUUCACCAACAGCCGGGAGCGAUGGCGGCAGCAGAAUGUGAAUGGGGCAUUUGCUGAGCUUCGAAAGCUGAUUCCCACGCAUCCCCCAGAUAAGAAGCUCAGCAAGAAUGAGAUCCUCCGCCUGGCUAUGAAGUACAUCAACUUCCUGGCCAAGCUGCUUAAUGACCAAGAGGAGGAGGGCACCCAACGGGCCAAGCCUGGCAAGGACCCCGUGGGGGGAGGUGGUGGUGGUGGGGCAGGGGGUGGCGCACCCCCUGAUGACCUCCUCCAGGAUGUGCUUUCCCCUAACUCCAGCUGUGGCAGCUCCCUGGACGGGGCAGCCAGCCCGGACAGCUACACGGAGGAGCCAGCUCCCAAGCAUAUGGCCCACAGCCUCCAUCCUGCCCUGCUGCCUGCCACUGAUGGGGCCGGCCCCCGGUGAUGGGUCUGGGAGCAUUGAGGACAGGCCAGGAGGGGACCCCAGGCCACUGGGAUAGUGGGUGUCAGGGCAGGUGGGAUGAGAAGCAGGGCAAUGGAUUCUUGAUGAACUCCCCUUGAAGUCUGAACUUUGGGAAGCCCUAACGUCCCUGGGCCUGGAUAUCCCUGCUCAGUAGGAGAUUCUUAUUCCUGCCUCAGUAGGAGAACAGGAAAAUGGAGCAAAGUGGUAGGUACUUUUUCUGAAGAUGGCACGGUUUCCCCCCUCUCCACAAUCCCUAAGAGUUCCCAAGUAAGAGGCUUAAGUGUCCCUGCUUUUGACCUGAAGUUUGGGAACCCUGUCUUUGCCGGGACCUGGGGUUGUCAGCUGUCACCUGAGGCAUCCAAGGAGCCUCUGCCUUGCCUUUAGCCCCUCCUGAGUUGGCUGGGGUGGCUUUUGUGGCCGCUUCUGUCCAAAUAUAUAGGUACCCAAUAGCUGCCCAUUUCUUGAGCCUUGUCUUCACCCAGGCCCGUGUUGGUCCAUCCAGCUUGCCAGCUGCUGCGGGGAGUCCCAAGCCUCGAGGUGCCUUCUUCAGGGCCUGGUUGAAGAAGAUGGCCAGUGGACAGACUGCUUUCACCUGGGCCAGAGGGUCAGCAAACCCAGGAGCCCUUACUUUUUGCCCUGGCAAUCAGAGCUCUACUUUCUUCAUAAUAAAACUUGCCUUCUUGUCCUGCGGCUGUUGGAACUGAGUGUACAGCCUUGAACAUACCCUGUUGGGCUUUGUAUGAAGGCAGAGAAAAGGAAAAUGAUAUUAGAAAUGGAGCAAGAAAUAUUUUGGGCAUGUGGGCUUCAACUCCUACUGGUCACUGUUCAUGCCACUGAGCAAAUGCCAGUGUGCUGUUGGGAACCUGUUGCUGAGAUGUGAGGCCUAUGUGUGUUCUCUGAGAUGCUUGGAGGGAGUUCCCUGCUGCAACAUGUCUGUCUGCUGACGGUCUGUUCUUUCUUCUGAAUUGAGCACAAACUCUGUCCUAUGACCUUUUUUUUUUUGUAUUUGGAACUUUUGCUUGACUUCUGUUAUUGGUGGAAUCUUUAGGUCUUGAUAUGACCCAGGACACAGCCCCACUUCUAGAAGCGACUGGGGAAUCCAACCGGAGGCCAGGCCCUGGCUAAGACCCAAACAUACACACAUUCACUUAGCAGAACCUUAAGUACCCUUCCUUUGUGCAGCUUUAGGUCAUCCGGGGUGUAUAUGGUGUGGGAGGCUGGUUUAAUUCAAUAGGAGUGCCCACUCCGAAAGUUGUACAGGAAAUUUGUGUAAAUCAAAUCCUCAUUCUUCAUCUUAUACAGAAAUAAUUACUGAAAGUCCUUUUGUAAAGUGAAUCUUUUUGUAAUGUGGACCACUGUCUUCUUGCCUUCUCUGUCAAUUCAGACAGUGGGGUUUGCUUGCUCUCUCUCUGUCUUUCUUUCCCUCUCCUUCCCUCCUUCCCUCCUUCCUUCCCUCCCUCCCUCCCUCCCUCUCUUCCUUCCUUCCUUCCUGCUUCCUUUUUUUGGUGAUGGAGUCUUGCUGUGUAGCCCAGGCUGGCCUCAAACUCAUGACAGUCCUCCUGCUAAGCCUCCCAAAAGCUGGGAUUACAGGUGUGUGCCACAAUGCCCACCCAGGGACACGAUUCUUAAGGCCAGGCCUGCUUGAGAUGCAUUCCAGUCCCAUAUAAUAAACUGCACAGAAGUUCUGUGUAUCUGGCAUUGUAUUUAAGUUACUGCAGCCCUCGCCUACAAGGCUCUUGAGGUCGGAGGGAAAAUAUUUGAUGGCCCCAUCCUACCAGGCAGAAGCCUAUCAUGUUCUGAGCUUCAGCCCAGUGGUUGCACCUGCUGUGAUGGAGCCUUGAGUACAGCCCUAUGCAAACACGGGGUCCCAGCUUCUCUCCCCUUCCUUUUAAAUUGUGAGGUCUAUUUCUUGGGUUUGGGGACAAUACUGCAAACCACUGAAGCACUCUGAUUCUACAUCUCAUUUCAUACUCUCAAAAUUAUAUUUUGACAAAUGUGAGGGUUGGUUCUUUUCCAGGGCUUAGAAGAUCCCGUGAGGAGUCUCACCCUUGUAAACAUGGAGUAACUAACAAAACAUGGAGCAGCUGCCCUAGGCUUUAAGGCUGUGUUUGGUUCUUAGUUGAUUAGCUUGGUUAGCAAUGAAAAGCAGUUACAAGUGAAUGGAUGGGUUUUAUGAGAUGGGUCACACAUUCUCUCAGGACUUAAGCUUCUGGUUCCUUUUUCUGCAGUGUGACUGGGAUAGGUAUCUUUCUAAGUGUCAGAGUCUCAUAAUUACCCUGGCUUCGUCUGUCUCCUAGGGCAUCAAUUGUGAAAGUGGAAGUGUUUUUUUGAGGCCAUACCAGAGCUCUUCUUCAGGCUGAGGGUAUAGCUCAAGGCAGAGCACUUGCCUAGCAUAUGAGGUCCUGGAUUCAAUCCCCAAUUCUUCUCCCUUAAAAUAAAACAAAAAAGCACUAUUGCCUUUGGUACCAAUCCUGCAGGGUGGUUCUCAGCCCUGGGAAGUUGGCAUUUGGUUAAUUUAGGUUGUAAACUACUUUUGCCUGAGCUAUCUAGAUCCUCAUUUCUCCAGAUUGUCUUCGUUUCUGUCCCAUUCCAAGGUGAGGGAGAGCAGUGAGAAUGGGAAAGAGAUGCGGGAACGUGGGCAGACUAUAUAGAAGGUAAUCAGCUUCUUCCACAGGCCCAGGACCUGGAAGGAAGAGGCUUUAGGUCUUUGAAAGAACUAACCAAGGCCCCUAAUUUCUGUUCUCACCUUCCAUAACUCAUACUCUGCUCCUUCCUUUGCCUUCUCCUUGCCCAUGAAGAAAUGGCAAUGUUCCAAGAAUAAUAUCUGCAGUAUCUGUACAAAAGAGAAAAAUGUAAAGGGAAAAAACCACUUGGAGAACAAAGAGAAUGUGGAAGGAAUCCCAUCUUUUAAGAAGAAUUCAUAUUGUUCAUUUGUAGUGGUAAAUGACAAGAUGGUACAGCCUUUAUCCUUUUCCAGAAAUAAAACAGAAGGUGUCUGUAGUCAGCCGACAGCAUUGUGGGCUCCUGGGUGGGUCUAGUUGUACUUGUGAUUUCAGUGGUACUGACCCUGAUGUGAGGCCUGCCCUGCCCAUGUACAUAGCGCAGUUUCUGUGAGUGGGCUCAGCACUUUCCGUCAAUGUUGUACUGUAUGUGAUGAGUUGCAUUGGUCUCUGCAUUUUUCUGCAGAAGAGGAGUAACUGCUCCGGGUACCUUGACCUUUGUACGCCCAGAUACCAACACACUACGGGCGUGUGACUCUUUAGCAAACAAACCCAUGUGUUGAUGAUGUGUGUACAUAUAUAAGGUUAUAUGGAGAAGAUUUCUAAAUAAAAGUUUUACAAAGGG